AUGGGUAUUGGAAGAGGUAAUGGUAAUGUUCAACGACGAUUUCCACAAACACCAAACACAGUGUCGAUCAACCCAGAACGUCUAGAACCAUUCGGUGGGAAACUUGGGGGAAUGCAACAACCAAUGAUGACUAUUGACAACAACCCGAACGUAAUGUCUGGGAUCGGCGCAGGUGUCCUCUUGAACCAACUUGAUUAUCCUUCUGCAAAUAUCAACAAUGGGGGGUCCAAUGCUAUCGUUGGUCCAUUCAUACAAUCUCCAGCUACAACAGGUGGCGCUAUGAGCAACACUGGUCAGAUAUUAGCAGCGUCGCCGAAUGCCGUUCCCCAACAACAAGUAGCAAUGUCAAACGUUUUGAACACCCAACAAGAGCAACUGGCUCAAAAUGGAAUCAUAGGUCCAGUACAAGCAACAAAUGUAAUGAAUGUACCCCAACAGCAAUUUGGAGCAACUUUGACAACAAACGUCGGACCAUCCGUCGAGUUCGCACAACAAGUUCCAAAUGUAGCAAUGCUUCAAGCAACAAAUGGAAUGCUUCCACAACAACAGCUUGGAGCAACAAUGAUAGCAAAUGAACAACUUCCAAAUGUAGCAAUGGGACAAGCACAAACGCCACAAGCAAUAAAUGCUAUGGCACCACAACAACAACUUGGAGCUAUGGUUACAACAAACGUCGGACAAUUUCCAAAUGUAGGAAUGGGCCAAGCUCAAACUCUCCGAGCAACAAACAUAAUGGCUCAACAACAACAACUUGGAGCAAACGCGGGGCCAUCCGUAAUAGAAGGCGCACAACAAAUUCCAAAUGUAGCUUUUCGUCAAACUCAACCUUUAGGAGCAACAAAUAUAAUGACUCCACAACAACAACUCGGAACUACGGUUACAAACGUCGGACCAUCCGUAGUUGAUAUCGCACAACAAGUUCCAAAGGUAGCAAUGGGUCAGACACAGACGCUUCGAGCAAUAAAUGCUAUGGUACCACAACAACAACUUGGAGCUAUGGUUACAACAAACUUUGGACCAUCCGCUGUCGAGAUCGGACAACGACUUUCAAGCGCAGCAAUGGGUCAAGCAAACACUCUUCGAGCAACAAACAUAAUGGCUCAGCAACAGCAACUUAUAGCAAAUGCGGCCCCACCCGUCAUAGAAGUCGCACAACAACUUCCAAAUAUAGCAAUGGGUCCAGCACAAACCCUCCAGGCAAUAAAUAUAAUGACCCCGCAAAAACAGCUUGGAGCUACGAUUACGACAAACGCCGGACCAUCCGUAGUAGAGAUUGGACAACAACUUCCAAAUGCAAUAACGGAUCAAGCGCAAACGCUCCAGGCAAUUAACGUAAUGACACCGCAACAACAGCUGGGAGCUACGAUUACGGCAAACACCGGAUCGCCCGUUAUUGAAGUCACCCAACAACAACUUAAUGUAGCAGCAGAUCCAUUACAAACCCUUCAAGGAUCGAAUACAAUAGCAACAACCAAUGCAGUUGGAGAUCAAAUGCAGCAGCAGACUAUGUUGAAUCAAUUUGGGCCGGCACCACAGAUAACAGUAUCCGAUCCACGGCUGCUGAAUUUAGAUAACGCCAUAGCAUCCACCCAACAGCAGCUCACGGCAAUCCAAAAUGGAAUAGCCGAAGCUAAACUACAAGAACAGAUCAUUGAAGCGAAUAAUAAAGCUGCACAACAGGCCCAGGCCCAGCUUAGAAUAGGUGAAUUGGGAUCUAUUGCCAUAAAUCCCACUCAACAGCAACUGAUUAAUGCUGGUAAUACCAUUGAUGUUCAGCAGCAAACGAUGGGGUCAGCAGAACAAUUGCAACAACAACAGUUUUUGGAAAUGAACAAUGCAAUCCAAAAUCAGGCAGCCAACGCUGUAUCGCCAUUUCCACAACAACAACAACAACAACAACCGAAUUUAGCUGAAAGGUUUGUACAACAGCCACAAAACUUAAACAAUGCUGGUCUGGGGUCAGCAGAACAAUUGCAACAACAACAGUUUUUGGAAAUGAACAAUGCAAUCCAAAAUCAGGCAGCCAACGCUGUAUCGCCAUUUCCACAACAACAACAACAACCAAAUUUAGCCGAAAGGUUUGUACAACAGCUACAAAACUUAAACAUUGCUGGUCUACAACAGCAAGUCAUGUCAAAUACAGCCCCAAUGCAGCAAGAUAUUUCAAAUUUAGUAGGGCAGCAGACUCAAAACUUAGACAUGAACAACAUGGUUCAAAAUCCUGUUCCAGAAAUUAUUACACAGCCGCUUCAGCAACAAAUUGUUGAUGUAAAUAACGCAGUCGGACAGCAAGGUCAAUUCCGAUCUUCUGAAAUCGGACCCAAUAUGGUCCUUGAUCCAUCCCAGCAGAUGGCGGCUGAUAUUGCGAUGCAACAGCAACUUGGAUCAAAUAUUGUCAAUGACCCAGUCUCCGUAAAUUUGGAUCAACCUCAAGGGUUAAAUGUGAUGCCCGAAGCCGUUCAACAACCCCAAACCAUGGCAGGUGCGUCCAAUAUGCUGAUGGCGGAACAGUUUGGUCAAAUGACACAGCCACAGACACUUGUGGAUAUGACCAAUACACUGAAUCCAGAACAACAGAUGGGAUCAGCUAUUACCGGAUCUAACAUAGUCAUUGAUCCUUCACAACAACAGCCAAUUGAUCUCAACAUUGCUGCAGAAGCUCAACCACAAACAAUCGGAUCAGUUACGGAUCCCAGUCAGCAAGCGGCUGGUGAAAUGGCAAAUGCAGCAGGUUCUACAGAGCAGCUUAUGGGCACCUCACCAGGGCAACAAACCUCAUUUGGUCCAAAUCCAAUGACCUUUCAACAACAAAUGAUUAAUCCAAAUGCUCCGUUUGAUCAUCUGUGGCAAUUUGGUUCCAUGCAAGGUGGAAUGCCUUAUAUCGAUCCCUUGCAGGAACUUGCACUUGUCCGAGAUCCCUACGCUCAAGAAAUCGUUUAUUCCAAUCAAGCCAUGCCUCCAACAUUUGUAAAUGGAGUGCCACUGCCAAACGGACAGCCACUUGUCGAACAACGACAAGUUCAAACAGGACAGUCGGAAAUUCCUGCAUCAUCCCAGCAAAGCGCAUCAGCUCAAGGCGGUUUUACAGCCCAACAACAGACAUUGAAUCCACAGGAGCAACAGACUGGUGUCGUUGGCGGUCAGCUCGGCCCUUGGAAUCAAAUACAGUCCCAACAGACUCCUUGGUUAUCAAAUCUACAACCGGAUCCAAAUCAGCCAUAUAUGAUCAAUGACCCGUCGCUGUCUGGCGUACAACAAGUACUUCAACAAAAUUCCCAACCGUCUAAUGCUGCCGUGUCAAAUUUACAACAAACUGGUGCUAUAGUUGCGAAUACAAUGCAACAAUAUCAACCACCACAGACCGUACAGAUUGUAGACACAGUUCAGCAACCCCAGGUUGCUGGUACCCAAAUUACCUCACCAGCUCAAAGCCAGAAUACAGCAUCAGGGAACGCCAACAUCGCUUCUUCCUCUCAGCUUCCCGUGGCUUCUUUGGGCACACCAGCUGCAUCUGCAUCUUCACCUGGUUCUUCAGGCACCAUUCAGCAAAAUGCACAACUUUCGGAUCAAUCACUUCAGUAUCGUCAAGCCAUUUUGGACAGCAUCCUUAGUUCCCUUCAACCACAAGUGGUUUAUAAUCCAUUGAGUGGUCUUGACGUUCCAGUAGACUCAUCAGCGUCUACAACAGCUACACAAACCAACCAAGCAACACUAACAGCUGCUGCAGGAGGAGCUUCUCAGGUGGUCCAGAAGGAAUCCGCACUACCACCAGCCAUGUCUGCACCACUUCAAGCUGAAAUUGGGAAGCAGCCGACAAGUCCUCAACCAACCUUCACUGUUUCGGAUGUUAUAAAAUCUUUAGCAACCGGAGGUCAAGUGUCUAAUCUCCCGGAUCAACAAACUAUCUUAGCUGACAAGAAAACAUCAAAUGCCCGAGCGAAUCAACAAAUACUCAUUUCAAAUCAAUUUGAUAUGACCGCAUUGACCACCCCUUCACCAUUACCAGUGGCCACAUUUAGUCCAGCCCAAGAUGCAGGCCAACUAGUGUAUGGUACGCAGCCCAGGGGAUCCAUUAUUCAGCCAGUGUAUACUCCUUCUGCUUUCGUGCCAAGGAACGAUUUCUGGAGCGAAAUGGCUUUAGCAUCCGCUAUUUUCAAUCAUCCAAAGCAGCCUUUGACACCAAAACAAGAUCAACAAAAAGUCCAAAAGGGUAAGCAGCAGGAGAAGCAAUUCAACUCUCUUCUUCAAUCGUUGAUGCUGGCUUCGCUACUACCAGAGAACAAUGCUGUUAAACAGGCCCCAUCGGGUUUCAAAACGUUGCCAGUUGUUACACGCGGUGACCUAUCGGACUCCAAAACGUUGCCAAUUGUUACACGCGGUGACCUAUCGGACUCAAAAACGUUGCCAAUCGUUACACGCGGUGACCUAUCGGGCUCCAAAACGUUGCCAGUCGUUACACCCGGUGACCUUGAUCAAGUUUUGUCUGCAUCAAACAAGCUCAACUCAUCAAAACCAAUAACUACAUUUUCAAAAACCGCCACGUUAAACUCUCUUCUUGGAAUGACCCCAUCAACGCAACAAAAUAGUGGUACUUUCACAACAAAAAUAGCCUCUUUAUCCCAACAAACUACGUCGCUAGGGAUCACCCUGGCGCCAGUAACACUACCAUCACCCUCACUGCAGAACCAGCGGACCACUAUCAGCCAAUCUGUGGUGCGGAGAAAUCAACCUGAAACUAGUUUCACACCACAAUCUCCACGCAUGGAUUUUUCAACGGGUAGAAAACGAUCAACUCAAGUGAUGGCGAUGUGAUCUGGACUCAAAGAGAAUUUUUUUUUUACAAAUUAGGCCUCAUGUUUACAACGUUAUAUUGUGAAAUCGGACGGAAUGUUGUGAGAUAGAAAAAUAUGAAAAGCAUAGAUCUAUUGAGGGAAUGUUGAGUCAAUAAGCUCAAUCGCACAGAGCAUUGGAUGUUGUGAAGUACAAUUUCAAUUUGAAUUAUUGCUUAAUCUAACGUUGGAUUCCAACCUUAAAGAUAUCCCUCGGAAUUCCAUUUUGCUCUUUCUGAAUUAAAGGAUAACCCGCACAAUUUGAAGUUUUUGGUAGUUAAAAUUUGAAAAAAAGGAUGAUUUCGAAAAUUUCUGGUUAAAAUUAUUAAGUCUCUAAAGUUAUAUAAUAUAGACAUUUUAGCUUACUGAAAUAGAUUAGAACCUUAAUUUGAAGAUCUAAAAUUAAAAGAAAAAAAACUAAUUUUUUAAUUUUAAAGUUAAAUUUGUUGUAAAAGCCCUCAUUUCGAAGUUGAUGAGUCGUUAAAAUAUUGAAGCCUUCCACAUGUUUAAGGGUUGAUUAAAGUUAAAAGCCCCGACUAUUUAAAUAUUUUAUGUUAAAAUUUAAAGAUCUAUUUAUCAUCGUCACCCAUCUAUCAACAAACUACCGCCAUUAAUAACCCCUCCCUGUUCACUUUAAAUUUAUUGUAUUUACCCCCAUCGUGUAUAUAAUUUAUGUUCCUAUUUUUAAUAAACGGAUUUAUAUUUUGU